AUGCUGAAUCUUUUAGAAGAAGACUGUCCAUCAGGAAGUCGCGCAGCCACAUUUCGGCACAUAUUCGGACAAAGCACAGCCCGCGGCGAAUGGUUUGAUUGGGGUGCAGGCCAUGGCUCAUGUUUGGUCGCUAAUCCGAAAUUCAUUGCGGUUGCGCUCGAAGGAGGCGCUGGAGGGCAAAUUUUGGUGAGUUGCUGUGUGUGCAGUGAAAGGUGCAGUUUAGGACUCCUACUAGCUCAAACAACAAGCACAUUUGUACUUCUGAUUCUUUGAAA